AUGGGUGUUUCAUUGAUUCUUCUGGUUUUGCCAGCAAGAGAAACGGGUUUCGCUGAGGCUACAACUUAUUACCUUUACUCUUGUCCACUGAGGUCUGGGAAAUCCUUUCUGUCAUCCAGCAGCAGCAGCAGCAGCGAUAGCGGUAGCGAUUGCGAUAGCGAUAGCAGCAGUGAAAGCGGUAGCGGUAGCAGCAGCGAUAGCAGCAGCAGUAACUGUCAAAGCCGCAGAAAGAGAGACAUUCCGUAUGGAAUUAGACAUACCUAUAUACAAAUAGGAUCUAUAUGCUACGACUGGGGAAACUGGAAUUAUCCUAGACGGAGCAAAUGUAAUUGUCGAGAACUUGAAUGUUGUGUUCAGAAGAAAAGAUUAGAAACAUUUGGACAUACAUCAUGUGCGCAUAGAAUUAGCGAAUUUGAAUCUGCCUGGGUGGAUCAAGGAAGACGUUAUAGACCGUAUUCAUGGAAUUGUCAGGUAUAUACCACGAAGAUGAUGGAAUUCCUAAACACGUGCAACGUCACUGCAACAUUUGAAUAAGAAACAAAAACAUUGCAAAUCCAAA